CAUGAAGAUUCAAUCGUACGGAAGACUUCUAGAUCUUGUCGUUCUCCUUCUUGCAAGUUCUAUUGCUGCUCAUGUGUUUGACAUCUUUAUUAGGCUUGGAUAUUUUAAACAGGUUCUUGGUCAUUCUCCUGGACCGUGCMGUCCCAUAAAUGUUAAUGGAUCUGAAGACGUUCAAAUACUGUCCAAUGGUCUAGCCUUGUUUUCGUCUGGAUUAAGGUACACGGUGCAGCUUACUACCGACCCAAGCAUCCACCAUCGAAUAGGAAACAUCUACAUCCUCGACCUUAACGAACCAGAYCCAUCACCCAACAUCGUACCUCUCAAAAUGUUCAACCGAACAGACUUCAAUCCACAUGGRAUAUCGAUCUACGAAGACCCCGUCACURGUCACGUGACUUUCUUUGUUGUCAAUCAUAAAAGAGAUAAACAGGCUGUGGAAGUAUUUGACUUUGAUAAAAAACGACGCUGUUUGUAUCACAGAAAGAGUGUCAUGGAUGACAAGAUAUAUAGUCCUAAUGAUAUUUUGGCMAUAGGUCCAGAAAGCUUCUAUAUCACCAACGAUCACUACUUCCAUUUCAACCGACCAUUUCUAAGAAUGCUAGAGUCUGCGUUAUUAAAUCUCUUUCUACGAUCAGAUGUUGUAUUAUUUGAUGGUACAAGAGCACGUGUCGUGGCAAAAGGAUUGAUUGGUCCUAAUGGUAUUAAUAUGGACACUACAGGAAGAUUUAUUCUUGUAUCGGCUGGCUUUAGCAACGCUAUUCAUGUCUACAAGARACACGAAGAUGACUCGUUAUCGCUCGCACAGAAAAUCAAUAUUGGAACACAUGCCGAUAAUAUCAAUAUAGAUCAUGACAGCGGUGCAUUCUGGGUAGCUGGAGUACCCAAAGGACUUGACUUUGUAAAAUACACCAAGAACCUCCAGCACCCAGCACCCUCCCAAGUACUCACCCUUCGACUUAACAGCGAAAGACAAGGAAAUACCCCUUUUCCAGACUAUGAACUUAGAGAGGUCUACUUGAACGACGGCAGAGAACACAGAGGCUCGACAUCGGCAGCGCAUUUUAAAGGAAAGCUUCUUAUUGGUGGAAUAUUUGAUAAAAUGCUUAUGUGCGAAGUACGAGCAUAUUGAUUGGUUGGAAUACAUAAUGAGAUCUAUAUAAGGAAGCGACCAUGUAUCACAAUGGUUCUGUGGAAAGUACAAGGUUCCUGAUUGGUUGGAAUACACAAUGAGGUCCAAAUAAGGACCCGAGACAUCUUAUUGGAGGAUGUUUCACAUAUAACUCAUGUACCCAAUAUGAGGCUACUAAUUGGCUAAAAUAUACAGUGAAUUCCAAAGAAGGAAGCCAAAAUAAGGCUUCUAAUUAUUAUUUAUAUGUAUACAUGUCACGUGUCUCGAAUUUCUACUUAAAGACAGGUUAUACAAAGGUCUAUAAACUCCGUUCCUAUSGAUACACUAACUAGGUCAUAAUACAAUUAUCUGGAGAAAUAUUUCGACAUUGGGCGCAUGUGCGAAGUUCUAGGUCGAUCACUGAUUGAUAUACAAAUAUGGUCCAUAUUGCUUCCCAACACUCUGCGUUAUUUAUCAAAAUCUUUUGAAUGAGUAAUCAGAAUGCUCGUCGCAAAACACAAUUACGUCACCAACCAACUUGCCAAUCACACUGAAGUGGCCACCAUAUCACCAUACCACCAUAUCACUGAAGUGGCCUCAUUUAUAGGCGAAUCAAUUGAUAAUCCUUAUCAUACUAUGGUACUUAUCUUAUAAUAAUAAAUGUAUUAUUAUGCAAACAAAAAUUCUCAAGUAACGCACUAAAAUUUCGAGUGAUACCGAAGACACCAGUGUCAAACUGCCCUGUUUCAUUAUGACGUCACAGUAUGUUUGCAUCGAGGAAAGAUACUCCAAAACAGUGGAAAUUUGGACCCAUUUAUAUUCUCUCCGUAUGUAGAWCUUCAAUUUGUCUAGUUUUUAUAAAUGUCAUUCAUCAAAGAUURCUCAUGUAAAGUUUAUUUKAACUGCAUUUGAUCAUACCGUCUGGCGKGCAUAAUCCUUAGCGUKAAAACAAUAUAGUGACGACAUAAUGAAAUAGGGCAAAUUAACUAUGGAUCAAGGCAUGAGAAAUAUUCUAGUAUGAAGUGAUAAUUCCGUUAUAAGCUGUCUUAUUUAUUGUAUAUACCAUGAUCACWGUUCAUAUGAACAUCAAGCUGUUGUUAUUCUUUACCUUACAACUUCCCUGUAAUAUAUAUAACUUAAAAAAGAUAGACACUCAACUAUACAGUAUAUUUCAUGUUACAAGYAUUAAAAAACAACGACUACGAUUUCUAUCAAGUUUCUUUUACAUUGAACAUACAAAUAUGGAAAAAAUCGCGCACUUUAAAGGUUGUAAAUUUGAUGUAAAUCUACAACAUUUUGAACACUUACAUCAUAUUUACAAUUUGAUGUAAAUUUACAUCAU